AUCCUCGAGUCUAGCGGCACCACAUAAAACCCAACAACAACAACAACAAGCCGUCGAAAAUUCUCAAAUUCUCACCCAGUCUCAUCUUUUCUCAAUUUCCUCUUUGUGUAACAUUUAUGCAGAUUCUAAACAAUGUCAGCAAUAGAUAAUUACGAGAUUCCACAUUCCAAUGCCACUACAUCAACAAAGAAGCCCAAAAAGUUGAUACAUUUCAGUGAUGGAUCGACCAUGGAGGUUGAGGAUGAAAUUGAUACUGCAUCAGAUAAUACCAAGUUUGUAGAAGAACAGGUGGAAGACCAAAAGCACAAUGGGCAGGAUCCCAAGAGUUUGUCGUGGCCAGAAUGGUUAAAAUAUUAUUCCCAUAAGGGAGCUUCUUCCGUCAUGGGUGGGAUGGAAUACUCUGGCGAGACACUUGCGUAUUAUUUGGGAAUUACUUCACCAAAAUAUCAGCAAGAAAUUGAUGAGUAUAAUCGAAUGGUGGCCAAAAAGAUGGCUCAUGAAUCGGAAGCAAAAUCAUGGGCCUCAACAGAUCCAACUUCCCCCCAUAUCCCCAUUGUCAUGGAACAGGUUAGCUCAGGAAACGGUGUCGGGUCAAGAAAGUCUAAAGGGGACAGUGGACUUGAUGACCAUAAAGUUUGAGAAGAUAUGAUCAUUAUAAUUAUAUGUUAAUAUUUGAGAUUUGGACCAAUGCAACAGAAUGACUAUCCAUUCAUUAUAGUAAGGAUAAGUAUAUGCAACUACAAUUAAAAUUUAAUCUCAUUAAAGUUUUGUUCUUGAUGUAUAAUAUGAUGUUUGUCCAAUAUUUAUUGCACAUACAUUCUAACAGUCUAAUGGUUAUAAUUUCAGUGAUAAAUUGUAAGAAACAAAAGAUACAAAUAAAUUAUCGUCGAUCGAUGUUGUUGCGUAUAAGGAAUAUAAA